UUCCAAUUUGGAACAGCAGAUUCGCAGGCGGAAAGGAAAGAGGCAAUUUGUGGAAGGAAGUGCCGGUGUUUCAAAUACAGAAUUUUAUUUGUUUUUUUUGGCAUGGCCCACCAAACAACCUGAAUGGAUUUAAUUUGUCUGACAUUUGGUUUGCAGGAGAAAUGGCUUCUGAAUGAAGAGUGAACCCUUCGAUGUAAAAAAAGCUCAAUUGAAUUGACUUUAACAUACGGUCUCUGUUAAAACCCAAGUGAAUUUCACCAGCAGUCUGUAUGUUCGUUAAAAUCCUGGGCAGAGGGAACUGGGGGAGAGGAUGUUCCUGUCCAUGGCUCUGGGUCUUUAUGCUCUGUGCUCGGUGAGGCUGAGGGGGAGAGGGCUGAGGUGCCAGGAGCAGCAGCGGAGAGUCAGGCACCAUUCUCGGAGAUUGAUCCGGAGCAUUAACUACCCUUGGCAGAGGGUGUACCAACAGAGGAUGUCGUUUGAGAUGAUGUCUGAGGAGCUGUGUGUCCGCCAGCUGCGCUUCAACAAGGAGGCGAUUGGGCGUCUAUGUGACAUCCUGCAGGGGGAUCUGAGGCCAAGCUCGAAAUGCCGCACCGCCCUGUCGGUGGCGAUGAAGGUAACCACCGCUCUCAAUUUCUAUGCGUGUGGCUCCUAUCAGGCCAGCGUUGGGCACAUGUGUAAAAUCACUCAGAGUGCUGCCCGGGCUUGUAUUCACCAGGUCACCGAUGCCAUUUUCCGGAAGGCGUCCAAUUUCAUCCGUUUUGACAUGUCCCCGGUCGAGCUCAGGGGCCGGGCGGUCAGAUUCCACAGGAUCGCCGGCUUCCCCAAAGUGCUGGGGGUCAUCGCUGGAUCCCAUAUCCAGCUGAAGGCCCCCAAUGACCAGCCCAUCUCCUACAUGAACAGCAGGGGCUUCCACUCGCUCAAUGUCAUGAUCGUCUGUGAUGCCCAGAUGAGGAUCCUGGCGGUGAACGCGGAUCACAAGGGGAGUGCGGACGAUGCCUUUGUCCUGGAGAACUCGAGUUUGGCUCAGUUCAUGAACAAAUGCCCUCAGAGAUCGGGUUGGCUACUAGGUAGCAGCAGCUACCCACUGAAAACCUGGCUGAUGGUACCUUACAGCAAGACCCAAAGUAAGGCACAGCAAAGGUACAACUGCGCACAUGUCUGCACUUGGCAGAGGGGACAAGACACUGUCAAACUGCUGAAAUCGCGUUUCCAGUGCCUGAACAGGUCAAAGGGCAUUUUGCAAUAUUCUCCUGUAAAAGUGUCAAAGAUUGUGGUGGUGUGCUGUGCGCUGCACAACUUUGCCUUAGACCAAGGUCAGACUCUGCAGCCCAUGGAGGACACAGUCUCAGAAACUGACCAACUGGACACUCCUGACCUGGAUACUGUCGACACUCAGGAGUCACUUAAGAAAACCCCAACAGCAGCUGCCAGGGCAAUCAGAGAGCAACUGGUUGACGAUCGAUUUGGACUUUGAGAAACACAACCAACCUAUCCUCCCCCCACCCCCGGAGAUGCAAAGUGAAACUCGUGAUGUUUAUUUGGGGUCAGCACCAACGAUUGCUUGUUGCAAGAUCUCAAUGUUGUUGAGGUUGAAUAAUCCAGGUGCCUUCUACAAGACUUUGCACGGAAUUUGCGUUUGGUAGCUAGUUUUGUACAUCGCAUUUUUGCCAACUGGUGUACUGUUCAAAUUAUUUUGAACAUUAAUGUGUAAACACAACAGCGCGCUAAAGUGAAACAUAAAGAGUAAUUUCUAAAUAUAAUUCAACCAUUAGCACAACACUGCUUGCCCAUCUCUUCGUAUGCAUUUUUUUAAAAAAGUAGUGUAUAACAGGUCAAAGUCGAUAUUCCUCAAAGUGGAUUACAGAUCAAUGUUUCCAGUAAAUUAAAAUAAACAAUU